AAUUUCAAACUUCGAUGAACUCCAGGGAGAACCUAUCCUCUAUGCAAGCCACCGAAUCAGUGCAAACAAGCAGAGUCACCAAAGCGAGGUGGGUUUGUGAUGUCGCACAAACAACACGGACUGUAUCUGGCUCCGAUGACAUGUCCGAUGGAACUACUUACGUCGGACAACACGCGCUCUGUCAAAAGCUGUGGCUCCAACGGCUUGCACAAGGACGCUAUUGGCAAACCAAUCUUCUUGAUAUAGGCCUGUGAGCCGAUCCCGGCACCCAGGGAAGGCGGGAAAAAGCCCAGAUUUCCAAGAUACUCUGAGGACUCGAAGCAGCGUCCUUUGAGCGGUCGCGCUGCCAUGAGCGCCCUGUGCCACCACUCGCACUGGCUUCGCGUUAUCGGGAUCGUUCCGAGAUCAUUUUUUGGACGCGCGUGCGUCCAGCUUCUCCAAUCUGCGGGGUUCAUUCACCGCCUGUACGGGUGCUGAUACUCGAUUAAGCCUGCUCUUCCGCAGCCCGCAGUUUGGUAUCAGUGCGGCCGGCUCCCGUAAUCUGAAGGAAUGCAGUGAACGCCAGCUGCUGUGGCUGGGGUGGUGAUUUGACUGCAUGAGUCCUACGCGCCAACACGUCUGAUCAUCAAAAAAACGGCUUUUUCUCUUAUAAAAGACGACUCCCAGAACCAAGCCCAGCAUUAUUUUCUUCUUCAUGUCUCGUUUUGCCACUCUCUUGACCUUCGCCGCCUGUUUCGUGGCGGCUUUUGCCGCGGAACACCAAGUCGUUCAGCGGGACAGCAGCGCUGAUACACCGAUCGGCGGAUUCAUACCCAAGAAAUCUCUCUCAAUCAUCGGCGCUAUCGCAUACGGGACAUCCGCGGCGGUCAUGUGGAUCCAAUUCUUCUUGAACAAACCGAAACACCCUUUUAUGCUCAGCCUGAACCUCGGGAUGUCCACAAUGUCAGCCGGCUUCGUCCUGCGGUACAUGUACGCUACACCGCCGUUCACUCUUGGAAAAUAUACCGCUUGGGACAUGUGCAUUCUGCUCUCGCCAUGCCUCUUUUUGGCCACGGACUACAUGCUGCUCUCCCGUCUCGUCAACACAUUCGACCCGCAGAUCGUCGCGCGGUGCCUCGCCAUCAAACCGACCCGCGUCGUCAAGAUCUUCGUAUGGAGCGACGCGCUGACGUUCUUCCUGCAGGUUUCGGGUGGAGGUCUGACGUCGUCGCACAACGUCAGCCAGGCCAAUCUAGGUUCCAAAAUCGCGUUGAUUGGGCUCAUCCUCCAAGCCGUUUCGUUCCUGCUAUUCACAUUCCUCGUGUUCACCUUUGCCCAUCAUGUCGAGAGCGACUACCCCCAAAUCUGGCACCCGAAGACCUCCGCGCCAGUGAGAAUCCUCUCGACCGAGCCGAUCGAUGACUGGCGCAUCCUGGUCUUCAUCAUGAGCGUCACCUGCGUGGGCAUCCUCACGCGGUCUGUGUUCCGCAUCGCCGAAUUUGCCGGGGGCUACAGCGGCCGCGUCGCGACGCACGAAGGCUACUUCUAUCUCCUCGACGCGCUGCCGCUGUUGCUCACCAUGUCGCUGUACGCGCUCGUCUGGCCGACCCGCUUCUUCCACCCCGCGGCGGAGAAGGCGGCGCGCCUGCGGGGCUCUAGCCAAGAUCUUCUCAGCAUGCAAGGGUUCCGGGCCUUGUCCGCUCCCUACUCGUACGGAAUUGCGGUACAUGUCAUGUAUCGCGCGGCUGGUGAUUAG